GGAGGAACCAUCGUUUUCAGGGUGUAAAUUCUUUGUGCAUCGCCCGAUGUGUUGUCGAAACUCAUCCAGGAAAUAUUAAUGGCAAUUGAAUCGCAGUACUGUCAUCAGUUUAGACGUUGCAAAGAUUGAUAGACUUAACGAAGAGAGGAUUAAAAGGCCUAUGAAUUUAUAGCCACUAAGAAUAUGAAUGAUUGUAAUUCGUCGGCGGCUGCAUCGAUGCAAGACUCUUCCCGAUAACGGUGUCGAUCGCAGACGUCGACGAUUAACGUGAUCAUCAUCAGCUUUAACACACUGACAACGAUUAUACAUCGAAAUCAUGGAGGAGUUCUUUGCUAAUCUACAUUAUCUGCCGAUCGCCGUUUUUAUCUCCUUGCCUACAAUCUUCAUUUUAACAUACGUAAUCGCUGUUUUACUAGGACACGUAGAAGCUGGUUUUCCUUAUAUCUCCGAUGCAGCGACUUAUGCACCAGAGAGUUGCAUUUUCUCUCAAACUGUCAAUCUGAUUGCUAUUCUCAUGUUCUUUAUGAUCUACGUAAGAUAUUCUCAAGUUAAGGAGUGCACCAGCACUUUCGGUUCACCAGCCUCUUUGCCGAAAUGGAAUCAUUGGGCCUUAAUAUUCGGUCUCACAUCAACCGCUGGUCUAUCAAUUGUCGCGAAUUUUCAAGAAACUUCAGUAAUUGUAGUUCAUCUUAUUGGCGCGGUACUCUGUUUUGGAGGUGGUACCGCGUAUUUUUGGACCCAGGCCGUAUGUUCAUUUUAUUUGCAACCAUCAGGAUAUUCAUUACGACUCGCGCAUCUUCGCACGGCAUUAUCAACCUUUUGUACAGUAUGCUUUUUUGUGAUUCUCAUCACAGGCGUGCUGGCCCAUCUCGCCUAUAAGGGAACGAAUCCUCGAAAGUGGUACAAAGAGGAUGGCGGCUGGGAAUUACAUGUGGCUAGCACAGUAACCGAAUGGCUUUGCGCAAUGGCAUUUUGUGCUUAUAUUCUGACGUUCACAGAAGAAUUCAGAGAUAUUAGGAUAAGUCCUCCAAAGGUAAUAUGCAACAUGCAUCGUCUGAGACCGAGCGACGAAGCGCUGAGCGAAAGCCAAAACUCCGCUGUGAUUCACGAUCAGAUGAGUCCAUCUACCAGUACCUGAUCGCUCGUAGGCAGAGGCGCCGGUGGCUACGUCAAUCUCCUCUCGCACUCACCGGUCGACACACCAUGUCCCGGCUACCGGUACCGCGGGUCCAGGGAUAAUCUGCUGGACGAAGCGGCGCCGUUGGUGACAACGACACCGCCAGAGCUGCGCGACCACGUCGAGAGGACUCCGGACGUUCUCUGCCCGGUACAAAUACACGUACACGACCCCACGAUACGCGAACGACGACGAUAUCCCGAAGGGAAUCGCUCCGAGAAACGACGUUCCAAGAAGUGGAUCGAUCUCGACGAAAAUGGGCUGGACGGUUACAUUCUGAUCGACGACAAGAACCUCGGCCCUUCGGUCCCCGAAAUCGAGGGCGAGGAGUUGUCGUAUCCCGAGGACGCUAUGGAGUAUAACGACGAUGACGAAGACGAUAACGACGACGACAAAGACAUCGGCAGUCACGGCAAACGCGAGUGGUCGAUCUACGAACGAUUGAAAAGACGGGACUCGAGACGGCAUCGGCCUGAUUUUGACUUCGGCGCAACAUAUCCGCUCGCGAACAGCCACGGAAAUGCUUAUCAGGACUCGAGCAGCCACAACAAGUACACGGAGCUGUAUUCAGGGUACCAGAGCGCCAGUAAUAAUCUCGAUGCGACUUGCGAUCUUGAAGUAACAUCGAUUUACGCGGUGGCGAACAGCCACGGCAAGAACGGCGACUUCGCAGCUAACAUGCGGAAUCGAGAUUGCGUGGAGAAUAUGGAGAGCGAUAAUCCAGCCUGGGAUGUUAGAAGGACGGACGUGAAUUACGAGAUGGCCAACAGUCACAGCAACUAUCGCGUGUUCUAUGACAGCCAGACGCAACAUCAAGCUCCUCUGAUGCCUCCCUGGACCUCGGAAAUGUGGUCGGGAAAUCGUCACGAAGAAGCUCAAGUCAUGACGAGAGAUCCCAAGGACGAAACCACGAGAAAACCGAACAACGAAGGAUGCGAGGCGAACAACGCGGGUCAAUCGGAAAAGAACGAGCAGGAGGACUCGGAGACAGGCUGCGACAUCGAACAAUGUCUGGUACAGAUCGAGGAAAGUCUCCUGAAUAUCGAGCAGAAUCUCCUUCACGUUCAGGACCUGGACAUCCCGGAGCUGAGAAAUUUAUUAUAUAAGAGUCCGAGCAUCGAGCGAAGUCUUUACGAAGUACAGGAUCUCCUUUACGCCGAUGGCAUCAUUCCAGCUACGAAAAAGAAAUCCAAGUCUCUUGAUUCGGAUGAAGAAGAGGAAGAAGAGGAAGAGGAAGAGGAAGUCGAAGAGGAACAAGUAUGGGUAGGACAAGAUAUAACGAUCAAAGAUAACGACGACGAAGACGGAAAUGCGAGCGCGCCUCUGCUAAAUGACUCCAACGAAGAAUCUUCGGAUACAGUCAACAUCAAUGAACGUAAUCCCUCCACGUCGAUCGAUGAUCGCUGUCUCGACUGGAACGACGGAUCGAACGUUUUGCGAGAAGAAGCGACAGAUUUGCAGACGUGUCAGGAAAAGACGAUGAAUUUUGUACCCAAUAGUCUCGGCAAAACUUUACCCAGAAGAGUCGUUCUGGAUGAAGUUAAGGAAAAUAUUAGACUAUGCUCGUCGGAACCGGAAGAGCCUACGAUGACGAUCGAUUACAAUCUUAAUAGCGCGUGCGUCGAGAAGAAAUCUCUUUUCCGCGAUAAGUGGCAUAGCAGGACAAACUCGUUGGACGAGAAUUCGAUCUUCCAGAACGCGGAACUCGGCGACAAGCAGGAGAAGAAAAAAUUCUCGUUGCAAGAUAUUUUCCUCGAGGCCACGGGAUCUCGUCGCUUGACAAUUAAUGCGAAAGCACGAUCGGAAGGCGCGUUACAAACAGACCGAGAGAAACGACGCGACAGAAGAGGUUCCCACGAGAAGAAGCUUCUGCAGGCCGUCGAAGCGACGACGGAGGAUUUUCGGAAGAAGCUCGAGAGCUUUGCGUCGCAGCGACGAUCCAUUUUGGAGAAGAGAGCGACGCCGAAAUCGGUGAAGGAAGUCGGAUCGGACAACGCGGUAUCGCGAUCGCGAGAGAAACGCGCGACGCAAGUUAAGGACAACAAUGUCGGGAAGAAUUCCGGUUGCGAUAAGCGCAAGAGAAAAAAAGCGUCGGGAAAAAGUCAGAGCGUCUCGGAAAACGCUCUGGUACCAAGUAAAUUGAUUUCGCUCUCGCUAUCGCUGCUGCUCGCGGCUUUACUACAGGCGGUCAGAUGCUUGACGGACCUUGUCGAGGACGCCUUUCGCUCGGUCAGUUACGACAAAGGAUUGCUGCAAUAAGUUGCAAAAUUUUUUCAAGAAAAAUAUUCAAGCCUCGCCACAAUGAAGUGGUGAAAUAUAUCGCAAAUAUCAUCGACGCGGACACAUAAACGAAUGUGUCACAGAGACGAUCAACCACGUCAACAAUCAAUCUCGUCCGAGAAUUACACCCGAUAAUCUGUGAUAAAUUCUACGUUUAAGAUUCUUGAUAAAAUUGCGUUACUCUCUGCUUCCAAAAUACCGAAGUCAACCAAUCUCAUUAACAAGAAUCGAGAAACCGAUUUGAAAGAACUUUUAAAAAACUUAAGGAAAGAUUAUUUGCUGCGAACGCGCGAUUGUCUGACGAGCGAAUUAAUCUCUCGACAAUCGCGGUUCGAUGAUCUUUUGUAAGAAUUGUAAAAGUUACUUGACAGACAUGAGACAAAGCGAAAUUACGGAUAGUGCGCGAUAAAUCUGAAUACUCAUCGAUGGUGCUGAAUACGGGCUAACAUACUCAAGUAUGAACGAUAUUUAACAUAUUAUGUAUAUAUAUUUUCAAAAGUGCCUAAAAAAGAAACCAUCACGUAUUACAUACGAGAUGUAGUACACGAUAUAAUACUAAUAACGCUAUUUAUGUCUACCUACGUAAAUCUCCUUUUUCAAGAUGUAAGAGUAUUGAAAGAAAAUAAAAAGCAAGGCGAGAAGAGACGGGAUGCUUGAAACGUAAAA